AAGUAUAUGGAGAAACCUGGGAAGAUCAGGUCAUAUAUAUUAGGGAUAAGAUGCGUCAAAAUUGUCUUGAUCAGGUCUCUCUUCUUCAAUGUUAUUAUCUUUUGGGAGAACGGUUGGAAGCUCAAUUUUGGAGUUUAGCUGCUAGAACGUUUAUUCGAAUUAAUUUUUCUAUUAGUACUUAUCAUUAUACAUGGAAAGCAGCUUCACGCGUAUAUCAAUUGUAUCAUACCCGGGCAUUGGUAGAAGAGGCACGAUUACUUAGAGCAGCUGAAGUUGAUUAUAUUUUAGAGAAGCUCAGGAAUAAGUAA